AUGUAAAAUAUUGAGCUCUUUUCAAAUGCUUAGGAUGAAGCAAUAAUGUCUGAAAGAAAUGAACGAGAAUAAUUUCAAAGUGAUUCCUCUAAAGAAGAUGAUAAUUCUAAUGAUGAUUCAAUUCAAAAUGAAGAAGAAUAAGAAAUUAACCCAAAAGAAUCUUAAGGUUCUACAUUCCCAGAAUAACAGGUUAUCAAGGAUGAGACUAAGAAGAAAGAUAUAAAAGAGACUUGUCUUGAAAAAAUCAAAGCAUAUAUUGGAUUUGGUCAUAGCCAUUUAUUAUUAAAUGAAAGGAUUGGAUCAAUAUUUUUCUUGCCUAUACCUUCCAGAUGGCCACUAAAAAUAUAGGUUACAAUUGCAUAAAUAAUUAUCGCCAUUACGUCAUUCUCCUUAUUUGUUGGAGUCUAAUAAAUAGGAUAAAAUAUAUUAUUUGAUACUGUAUUAUAAUGGACUAAUAACAAUGUAUCAUCACUUUUACAAAAAUAAAUUUGCGAAGUCACGAUAGAUUUUGUUUAAAUUUUAAUAAAAACUAGAGAAAAUGAAAUAUAGCUCAUGAAUGUAACAAUAAAUUUAAUUUAAUCGGGAACUUUAAGGUACAAAGAUGUUCUGUAUAGUAUUGAUAAUUAAAUACCAAAAUCAUCUAAAAAACAAAUUUCUAAAGAAGGCAUCAUAGAUCAAUAUACUCUUGAUGUUGCCACCUAUUCACUUUUAAAAGACUAAUAGGUAUCUGAAAAUUAAAUCAGAAAAUACUUAUCCAUCAAUAACAUCAUGUAUUAUAAUUAUUAAACUCUGGGAUCCACUUUUUUUUGGAUUUUUGAUGAUGGAUUCAUGAUGCAAUAUCCAGGUUUGAAUGUAACUAAUGUCAAAUUAUUUAAUGAACAUCGAUUAAAAAUGUAUAAUAGUAGAAGGUAUCUCACCAAUAUUCCUAUUGAGCACACUUAUGAUCCUAUUUUGGGUUCGAUUUUGCAAAGGGAAGUAUUGCCAAUAAAUGAUGACAAUAAUAACUAAAUUGGUUUGAUAUUUUGUGAAAGAAUGCCCAUUAUGUUGUUUUUACUAUUCAAUUAAAUAGCCAUCAACAAUCAGUAUAAUUACACUUUAUUUUUGCUUUCAUCAGAAAAUGAUAUACUCCAUUAUGAGGAAAGAGAAUAUAAGAUAAAUAUAGAGGAAUUUUAAGAACUAAUUAAAACAAUUAACACAGAAGAUUCAAAAUUAAAGAAAAUGAACAUCUCAAAAUUUCAUUUUGACUCAAUAAGUGUUUCAUCAUACUUCGAACUCUAUUAUGGAGAACUUUAAGAUUAAUGCUUUAUAUUAGCAUAUAUUAAUUAUAAAGGAAUCUUUUUAGGAAUCUUUUAACCAACUUUCUUGCCCAAACAAGAAAUUGGUUUCUAGAAAAGAACAUAUUCCAAAAAAGUUGAUAGUUUCAAUCAAAAAUUAAUUCCAUUAGCUUUAUCUAUACCCAUCUUAUAUAUCAUCUUGUGUGUUUUUUACAUGGUCAGAUAUAUCAAGCCUCUCCAAAGAAUUACAGAAUAUGCAGACUAAUUAUUAAAGAAAUCAUAAAAUUUUGAUGAAAAUUAAUUUGAAAAAUAAUUUACUAAUUCAACUGGUGAUGAUCUCAUAUAAUAAUUAACAUCCUUAUUUGCCAAACUUAUGGGUAAUUUAAAUAAAUCAAAAUAACUGAAGAAAUAAGAGAUCAUUGAUUUCUAUAAUAAGCAAACAUACCCAAAAAAUUAGAAACCAAGGGAUGUUACUCCUAUUAUCAAUCAAGUGAAAAAGAUCAAAUUAGAUUCAAUUUUGAGAGAUCCUGGAGUAUUAUAGUUUCCAAAUUUGGACGAUUGA